GAGUGGGAGAGCAAGGAAAUGAAGACAUUGUGGGAACAAGGAGAAGCAGCGUGCUAGGGAAGUACCCAGGAGUCCACAAGGAUGACUCCACCUUAGACUACUGGCACGGCGACAGUGUUUUUACUUUCACUUUCGUCUUCCUAAACACUGCUCUUUUAAUAAGCUAACUCCUCAUAAGUUCUCUGGUGAAAAUCGGGAACUUCCGAGGCAGUGCCUGUGAGAGAGGACAGAGCACUCUGCAGCCAGACUCACAAGGGAAGCCAACAGCAUUCAACACUUCACACGCACGGGCUGCUUUCUUUAGGACUGAAGGACUUUGCUUCAGAGACAAAAGAACACACUGGACAUGGCCUCAGAGAUCCACAUGCUGGAGCCCAUGUGCCUCAUUGAGAACGCUGAGGAGCAGCUCAUGGUCAACCAGGAUGCCCUGGGGAUCCUGUCGGCCAUCAAGCAGCCAGUGGUAGUGGUGGCAAUUGUGGGCCUCUACCGCACAGGCAAAUCCUACUUGAUGAACAGGCUGGCUGGGAAGAAAACAGGUUUCUCUCUGGGUUCCACAGUGCAGUCUCACACCAAGGGGAUCUGGAUGUGGUGUGUACCACAUCCCCAGAAUCCAGGACACACUCUAGUUCUGCUUGACACUGAGGGCCUUGAAGAUGUUGAGAAGGGAGACAACCAGAAUGACUGUUGGAUCUUUGCCUUGGCAAUCCUCCUCAGCAGCACCUUCAUCUAUAACAGCAUAGGAACCAUCAACCAGCAGGCCAUGGACCAACUGCACUAUGUGACAGAGCUGACUGAUCUUAUCAAAUCAAAGUCAUUACCUGAGCAGGAUGGGGUAGAUGACUCAGCUAACUUCGUAGGCUUCUUUCCAACAUUUGUGUGGGCUCUGAGAGAUUUCUCCCUGGAGCUGGAAGCUAAUGGAAAACCCAUCACUGCUGAUGAAUACCUGGAACUUUCCCUGACCCUGAAAAAAGGAUCUGAUAAGAAAAUUAAAAGCUUUAAUGAGCCUCGGCUAUGUAUCAGGAAGUUCUUCUCAAAGAGGAAGUGCUUUGUCUUCGACAGGCCUGCUCAGAGGAAGUAUCUUUCCAAACUAGAAACACUUAGAGAGGAAGACCUGAGUGGUGAAUUUGUGGAACAAGUUGCAGAAUUCACCUCAUACAUCUUCAGCUCUUCUGGUGUCAAGACUCUGUCUGGUGGCAUCAUAGUCAAUGGGCCACGUCUGCAGAGCCUGGUGCUGACCUAUGUCAAUGCCAUCAGAAGUGGAGAACUACCCUGCAUGGAGAAUGCUGUCCUGACUUUGGCUCAAAUAGAGAACUCAGCUGCAGUGCAAAAGGCCAUUGAGCACUAUGAAGAACAGAUGAACCAGAAGGUCCAGCUGCCCACAGAAACUCUUCAGGAGCUGCUGGACCUGCACAGGCCCAUUGAGAGUGAGGCCAUUGAGGUCUUCAUGAAGAAUUCUUUCAAGGAUAUAGACCAAAAGUUCCAGAGGGAAUUAGGGGACCAGCUGGUAGCAAAGCGAGAUGCCUUUGUUAAGAAGAACAUGGACGUGUCAUCAGCUCGUUGCUCAGAUUUGCUGGAAGAUAUUUUUGGACCUCUGGAAGAAGAAGUGAAACAGGGGACAUUUUCUAAACCGGGGGGUUACUACCUCUUUCUUCAAAAGAAACAAGAGCUGGAGAAAAAGUAUAACCAGGCUCCUGGAAAGGGGCUCCAGGCAGAAGAGAUGCUGAAAAAGUACUUUGAGUCCAAGGAGGAUGUGGCUGAAACACUUCUAAGGAUGGAUAAGUCACUCACAGAAGCAGCAAAGGAGAUUGAAGUGGAACGGAUAAAGGCUGAAGCUGCUGAGGCUGCCAACAGAGAGUUAGAAAAUAAGCAAAAGAAGCUUGAGCUGUUGAUGGAACAGAAGGAAAAGAGUUACCAGGAGCACGUGAAACAGCUGACUGAGAAGAUGCAGAAGGAGCGGGAACAGUUAAUAGCAGAACAUGAUAAAAUGAUAUCUUACAAACUUCAGGAGCAGGAACGGCUUCUCAAGGAAGGAUUCCAGAAUGAGAGCAGGAAACUUCAUCAGGAGAUUGAGAGCAUCAAGAGGAGGGGCCCACGCCAGAAAUGCACCAUACUCUGAAGGUCUGGGGUCCAAACCUCUCUGCCCAGAUACUUUUCAUCAAGGAAUAUGUUGGAGAGAACCUGCAGGGUUGGAAACAACUCUUAUUAAACUUACAAUUCACUUCAACUGAAAUCACCUGUAAGUCUAGUCUGUGGUCACUGUGUGACCACUGGGCAGUGUCAGAGGAAGUUCCCCUCUGUGCAAAAUGCAUGUAUGAGCAGAGGAUCUACCUUCCAUGUUUUAGAGGUCCUCUUGACCUGCACCAUGCCCAGGACAUAUGUGUUUCUCUUUUAUAAUCUUAACUUUUCCUCUUUUCUACUGUAUAGUGUCUACAAUCACAGAGCAGGCAACUUUUAAUUAACUCUCAAAAUCCUUUUCAUUUCUCUGAGGACUCCGAUUUUUUUUAACUACUAUUGCUUCAAAAACUAAACCCCAAGCUGGGCAGUGGUGGCGCACGCCUGUAAUCACAGCACUUGGGAGG